UUUAGAGUCACGACAAACGAACCAGCGAUUGAGAGAUUAUUGGGCCAAGAUGUAAAAAUCCCUUGUUUUUUAUCUGGAUACGAAACCCCAGAAGUGGAUCUGAGAUAUAUUUCCAUUCGAUGGAUCAGGAAGUCGCCAAACGGAAACGUGUCAGAUGUUUAUAGAUAUGAAGUCAUUUCCGGUCAUAAAGCCAGCAGACUGGGGUCAAAAAUAUCAGAAAAUGACCUUAUAAAAGGAGACGCUGGGUUAUACAUCCCGCAGGUCCAGGUCGGUGAUGACGGGGAGUACACCUGCAGUGUGUUUUAUACACCUUAUAAAGGAGAAGCUUCAUCCAUCCUCCAUGUGUCAGUUCAACCGACUGUCGAAGUGAAUCCUCCAGCUUUAAGUAUUAUGAUUGGAAUGGAAAAGUCUGUCACGUGUGAUGUCAUCAACUUCUACCCCGUGGCCGUUGACGUAAGAUGGGUUCAGUAUCUGAAAGAUGGACGCGGUUCUGUUCCGUUAGAGAGAAACAUCUCCACGAGCCACGCUGCUCUAAACAAGGAUGGAACAUACAAUGUAACCGGUUAUCUGAUGUUACAUCCUCAGAGCGCCGGUGACGACGGGACCACCUAUGGAUGUCUCGUGAAACACAAAUCCCUGACGGAAGAACGAGCCGUGAAUUUUACUCUCUCUGUAGAAGAGCCAAGAGACGGCAGAAUUAUCAUUAUUGGAGUUCUGGUAGCUUUUGCUUUUUUAAUAAUGUUCCUUUCUGGUUAUCUCUGGUUGUCCUUGUUUAGAAAAGUAACCCCAACGCUUUCAAAGAUUACGGGAAAUGAGAACUUGAUUCACAUGGACAGAGCAGCGUUAUCAUGUCAGAUAAUGAAUGUCAGACCAGGAUUCACUGAAAUUUGUGUAUCUCUAAAAAGAAGAGGAGGUGAAAAAAUGGAUAUUAUAACCCGAAAAUGUGAAGUAACGGAAACCUCAUCUCAGAAGAAAAUGAAAUCUGACGAGGAAGAGCAGUUAAUGGAACGUGGAGCUUCUCCCUCUUUACCGAUGCAGAUGGAAGUCAUUCUAGAUGGGAAGUUUGACCGAGGAGAGCGUUUGUAUGAUUAUUGUUGCUCCAUUUUUAUAACUCCUGACAUAGAAGUCGAUAAUGAAGCAGAACUUACAGUGACCGUCAGACACGACUUCAUAAACCACCCCAUCUCUGAAACCUGCACCCUGAAAGUGAUCGGAGUUCCUCCAAAGUUAUCGAAAAUCGUGGCUCCGAGGUGUAUAAUCAAUGGAGAUUCUGUGGCUCUGACCUGCUGCAUCUCUGGAUUUAAACCGAGACUUUUAAUGAUUACAUGGCUGAAAGGAGACGCCACCGGCAACGAUACAGAACUUCUGAGAUGGGAUUCCGGUGAAACCGAGGUCCUCGAUCCCAAAUAUUCUCAUGAACUGAGUGAAAAUAAGCAUGACGACGACUCCUACAGCAUUUUAAGCUGUCUACUAAAGCCAAAUAUAAAAGAAGAUUACGGGGCAAAAUACAUCUGUCGGGUUUCCCACCCUGCGACCGGCAGCCAUCAGGAACAAUCCAAGGACAUGGAGGUCACCGGGACGUUACUGAAUUUCUCUGAAGAUCUGUGGAGCCAGAAAAUAGCUCUGUCGCUGUUAGGAAACGACUCAUGUGAGAGUCAGUAUUCACGUUCGUGUCCUUGAGGGCGCAGUUUAUUGGGGGAGGGGGGGGAGUUACUCUCCAUCAGGUCAGGACUUGCAGGACAGAGACCUCUAUGGACAGUAUAUGUACCUGGAUCUGAUCUCCAGCAGGUUUCAGACAGAAGUUAAGGGAACGCCCGUCUCUACCAUCCUCCUGACAGAUAUUUUAGGCUGGAAAACAAGUAUUUUAUAUUUGUCAGAACCAUUUUGUUUCCUUAAUCAUGUAAAGGAUUUUUUUCUGUCAUUGUUCUCUCUAUAAUUGAGAAAAAAGAAUCUGUUAUGAAUAUAGCUGCUUCAGCAAAUAUUUCCUAAUCAGUGUAUCUUCUAUGGGAAAGUUUAAGGAGUAGAAGCCGCUUAUCUCUAGGAAUGUAAAUUGGAAUGGGGGGGAUACAUUGUAAGACCCCCGAAACUGAUUUACUACCUAGGAGGUAACUUCUAGAGAUACGUGUGACCGAGGACAAACUCCAGAUGUAGAUGUAACUGUAUAAAAGUUAUUUCUUAGAC